AUGUGUAACAACAAACUAUCGAGUAGUACUUUGCCAUCUUCUAAUGAUACCAGCCCUCCCUCUGUAAUCCCAAUUCAUAAUGAGCAUGAUGAAACAUCAGGUGCAUUGCCAAUUCCAUCAGAAAAACUAAACACCAUCCCAGACACAACCAUAGCUGCGGCCACUGCACUUUUCCCAAUAAUGUUGCUAAACGAAAGCGAACCAGAAUCACUGGCAGAUUCAGGUGAUGUAAUAUCAGAAGGCAAGCUUGAAUCAAGGUGUACAUCUGCGUUACUUGAACCAGAUGUAAAUUUAUCCAGUGCCAGUUUUACCGUUUGCACUUCUUCUGAAAGUGAAAAUGAAAGUGAUGCAGAGUCUUCAUCAGAGAACAACGAUCACAAUUGGUUGACUUGUGCUGGCGAAUUAUCAUACCUGGUUGAAGAUCUCAAGAGGGCAUCAGAAUUAGUGGAUGAAGUAAAAAGUGAUACUUGUCCUGCGAUAGAAACUUUCUUGACCAAUGCUGAGGAACUAACACAACAAAUUUGUAGGAAUUCCAAUAAAAUCAGGAAAAUGAGCAGCGCUUUGUUGAAGGAAAUGGAAGAAAAAAAGAGAGCUGCAGUGCCAAAUGACGAAGAAAUUGUCAUGUCAGUACCAAGCCAUGAUCCUGGUGAGAGAUACAAAGUAAAUUCACUCACUGAAAAGAAGUACAUCAUAAAAUUGGGACCACACCAGCCUAAGUUAUCUGUUUUCCCACAGCAUGAAGAUAUCCCCCAAUGA